AUGGAUUCCACUGAGAUUCACCAAACCACUGUCGUGGACGAGCCCAUGACUGACAACUUCAACGACAACCUCGCCGAUCAGGGUGACCUCGAGGCCCCCCCUCAAGACCGAGGAGGAGAGGCCGGUGUCAUCAUCGGCAAGGCGGGAAAGAACGUUGCCGAUCUCCGUGACGAGACCGGUGUCAAGGCCGGUGUGAGCAAGGUAGUUCCCGGUGUCCAUGACCGUGUCCUGACCGUCACUGGUCAAUUGCGCUCUCUGGCUCGCGCCUAUGCGAUCGUGGCAAAGGGUCUUUUGGAAGGUGCCCCGCAGAUGGGCAUGGGCGGCAUUGUCUCUAACAACGGGACCCACCCCAUUCGCCUUCUGAUCUCCCACAACCAGAUGGGCACCAUUAUUGGACGACAGGGCCUGAAGAUCAAGCACAUCCAGGAUGCAUCAGGUGUUCGGAUGGUUGCGCAGAAGGAAAUGCUCCCCCAAUCCACAGAGCGCAUUGUCGAGGUCCAGGGUACCCCCGAGGGCAUCGAGAAGGCCAUCUGGGAAAUCGGCAAGUGUCUGCUUGACGACUGGCAACGCGGCACCGGUACCGUUCUCUACAACCCCGCCGUGCGCGCUUCUCUCAGCGGCUCGCAGCCCCUCAACAACAACCCCCCGGCUGGAAACGGCUACCAGAGCAACACCAACAGCCGUCAGUACAACCGCACCGGCAACGGCGCCGACUUCAGCGAUGGUGGAUAUAACCGCCGAUCCAACUCCGAUGCUGGAAACCGCGGCUACCCCCUCGUUACAGAAGAUGGCGAGGAGAUCCAGACCCAGAACAUCAGCAUUCCCGCGGACAUGGUUGGAUGCAUCAUCGGCCGGGGCGGAACCAAGAUCACAGAGAUUCGCCGAAGCUCUGGCGCUCGGAUUUCGAUCGCUAAGGCUCCUCAUGACGAGACCGGCGAGCGCAUGUUCACCAUCAUGGGAAGUGCUCAGGCUAACGAAAAGGCCCUGUACCUUCUCUACGAGAACCUGGAGGCCGAGAAGACUCGCCGCAGCCAGCUUCCCCAGGAGUAAAUCCCCCGGGAUUAUCCCUGAUGUGUGUGUGCGGAUGAGACGGUCCUAGCAGGACUUCUUUGUGUUCUUCUGACCUUACGACUUCCUUGAAGACUUGUCGGUCACGAUCAGCGGCGGUCAUGUGCUAGCGCUUCUUUUUAUUUCUUUUUUAUUCCUCUAUUUCAUUCCAAUUGCUUUAGGUCUUUUUCUCUUGAUCUUCUUCGGCUCUCUUUUGAGGUUCUAGCCUCACGACACAUCGCUCUUAUUCACAAAAAAAGACAAAAGUUCACUGCGAUGGAUGGAGGGUACACAUGCGUAUUAGAUACCAAGUUUGUGUGGUCUUUAUCGACCCUUGUGCGUUGAAUUGCAUCGCAACCCGAAUGUCUCUUGAUCCUCACCCUCACACCUCCAUUCCCUCCCUCGCUUCCCCACAUCCAGCUGAACUGUCACCCUGAUGUCCUUAAUCCAUCCGUCUUUACCCCGAUUCCUGAACCACAGACCUCUCCGCCCACCAUCCCAGUCUCUACCUUCCUCCUUGUCCUUGUCAUCGUUCCACCUUGUACGCCACCUGUUUGUAAC